AUGUCAUCUGGAAACAGCACUUCUUCAUGGUGGCGGCCAAAACUACCACAAUUCUCAGGUCUAGGUGCUUCUCCAGGGUCUUUGCUGGCCAUCCGAUCUUCUGUUGAACCAAGUGGAAAGUUUUAUGUUUGUAUAUCUGGAAAGACACUGAAUUCCCACAACAGCUUCAUAGAUCGUCUUAAAACGCGAAUACAUCUGCAGCAGGUGGAUUCUGUGGAGGAGUGUGAUUUCAUUCUGGGUUUCUGCCCUAUUGUGUCACGAGCUGGAACUGACAUCGAAGCAGCAGUGAAAAAGCUUCAGAAUGUUUCAGACACCAAACCUACUGUUCUAGUGGUGCUCUAUCACACGUUUGAUACAGAGUGUGUUGUACCAAACAGCAGCAAAGCCGUACACAGAAAAAACAUGAUCGCAGUCGACUGUCUGUUCCAUGAAGAUCAUGGAUUACUGCAGUGUGGGAAGAAUAAUGAAUCACUGACCAAAACUUCAGAAUAUAUCAAAUCUAAGGUGAAAGAACUUCAGAACAAAGGGAAGAAGGAAGGAGAAGAUGUAGGGUCAGAACAGAGAAACACAGCAAAAAGCAGCGAUGCACCAUUCAAAUAUACAAAUACGAAACCAAAGACGACGAAUAAAACACAGGAAAGAGAAAAUGCUCAACAUGACGGAGAUCAACAACUGAACCCAAUCACAAACAUAGAGAAGGCACAAAUACUUGUGGAGAAAAUGGAGAAAGGACUUGUAGAGAGACAGAAAGAAAUAGAAGAGGUGAAAAAUUUAAAACAAUGUUUCGAGACUACUCAGAAGACUCUUUUUGAGAGAGAUGCCGAGUUAAUGGACACAAAAGAAAAACUUCAAAAUGCCACUGAACAGAUUAAGGAGAAAAACACAAAACUGGAGAAUAUGAAGAAACUGCUGAGUGAGAAAGAAACACAGCUGAAGAACACAGAUAAAGAACUGGAAACCAGUACAAAUAAACUGGAGACACUGGGACAGGAGCUGCAGGACAAGGAGAGACAACUACAGGACAAGAUGAUCGUACUGGAACAACAGAAAACUGAGUUAGAAGAAACAAACAAACGUCUUGAAGAGAAAGAGAGUCUCCUAACUGAGAGAGAGACACAGCUUCAGGAAAAAAACAGACUUCUGACAGAAAAUACACAAACACUGCAGAUGACACUGGAAGAGAAUGACAAACAGGUCACGGAGUUAAAAGAAGAAUUUAAACAAAAACUGAUGGAAAAAGACAAGCAGAUUCAGGAGAAAGAGAGACAACUGGAGAGUUUGGUGAAUGAACUGGAAACCAGUAAACAAAAACUGAUGGUAAAAGAGCAGAUUCAGCAGAAAGAGAGACUUCUUUCUGAAACUGCACAAACACAGCAGAUGAAGGAUGAGACCCUGGAACAGCAGGGCACACAAUUCAAACAGGAGAAUGAACAAGAACAAGAAGAAUGUGCAAACACAGGGAGUGGAGAAUUACCUGGGACAAGCUGGAAUCUGGAUUUAGAGAUUAAAUCACAGGGAAAAAAAGAUCAACCAGUAGAGGAGAUUAUAAAACAGAUAGAGGAUGAAAAUACAGACCUGAAGAACAGCGAGAAUCUCACCCAAGACAAAGGCGCACUAUCCAAAGGAACAAAUACAGAAUUAGAGAACAUGGCUAAAGAGCCACAGGAGAGAAAAACAGCUGUAGAUGAGGGAGAUCAACAUCUGGAACUGAAAGUCACACAGGUACCGGAUACACAAAUACAAGCCCAAGAAACAGAGGGAAAAAAUGUGGAGAAGUCUAAAGAAUUCAAAGAGAAAAAUGAGGAUCAGAAGGUUCAAGACACACAUUCGAAAGAGGAAGAAACGGUCCGAAAUGAAUUUUUCGAGACUAAAAAAAACAGUCUUUCUGACGCAGAUGCAGCAUUUAUGCAAACUAAUGAAAAACGUAAAAACGGUAUUGAAAAUAAACAACUUAAAGAGGAAGAGAUUAAUCUAAAGGAGAGUGAGACAGAGGGAGUGGAAAGUGACACACAGUUCAAUGAGAAAGACAAAUCUCAGAAGAACGAGACAGUUGAAGAGCAAAGUGAGGGAAAAGAUGAAUUAUGGAAAACAACUAAGAAAGUACAGGAGACACAGCUGGAGGGGAAAGAGAGUGAACCAAAGAUGGAGAGUGUUCAAGACAAUCUGGCAUCUCAGGAACAGCAGCAAGAGGAAGAGGAUCUAGACCUGUUAGGUGAUGGUCCUGCCAGAGCAACAGACAACUGAGCCGGUCAGCAAAGGCAAUUAAACAGCCUGAGAAAGCAAAGAUCUUGGAAGUGACUGGAAAAGACACACAGCAGGUUAAAAAAAAAAAAAGACUUCUAAAAGAUCAGCCGAAGCAACUGAUGAACAUUAAGGUGUUCCAUGUGUCUAAUCAUCUGUAAGAAAUAGAGUCAUAACUGUUUUCAGCCUUGUAUGUAUUUAUAUUACACUGCAAUAUGAGUGAUUGUAAUUAUUGUGCAUGAUGAUGUGUGAUUACUCUCGGGCCUAUACGGACUAUAUCUUUAUCUAUAUCUUCAUCUAUAUAAUCACAGAAUCUGUCAUUUGAAGGUCUGGUGAGAAAUUUCUCUCUUUGGUCUCAAUGAAAACUUCUCUAUCUAUCUCCUCUGUAGCUUUCCUACAGUUCGCUGUUAUCAACACUGGAAUAUGGUGAACCCCCACUGAAUGAGACAUUCUCUGUAUAGAUUACAAAAAGAACACUCCAUGUAUUAGAUUAUGCCUGUGAUUGGCAGCAAGCGAAUAAAAGUUAGAAACUAUGGGCUAAAACUGGAAAAUUGUUGGGAGGUGGGGAAAACACUGGUAGUAAAACACAGCAGACCAAACUGUGUAUCUUGUACUUUGUCAACUUUCUAUCCGUAUAGAAAUCUGCUCCGCAUCUGCAAUUGCACCACCUGUGCCUGAAUAUUCAUUAUUGACCAGGUAAAAAAAUAAACUCGAUGAACAUCCUCUUCACCAGUACAUGUCACCCACUUCUGCUAUGAAUGAAGCUUGGAGUUUCACCAUCACUAGGGGGCAGCAAUGACACAUGUAAGGGGCAGGACAUCUGCCAUGGAGGAGAAGUUAAAGGAACAGCUGUUUGGGGACUUCCACAAACAGACAAACCCCCAAUAUUGUUCAUGUUUUCUACAUGGUUACAGUGUUACAUUUACUCUUUACUGUGGUACCGGAAACUGUUUAGUUGAUUAAAAUGAGUGCUGUAUUGGAGUAUAUGUGACUCUGUAUCUGUAAUGCACAGCAUCAAUGCUGAAUUUAUAAACAUGAUACCAGAGUCCCAUGUCCCAAACACAGAAUAUACCCAUAGCACCAUG